GAUAAAUUUAAAUGAUGACGUCAUAAUUCUUGAAAUUGUUAAAUAUUUAACUAAAUUUUUUGUAAGAAUCACUAGUAUCUCAAUCUUUCUUUGUGCUUUGAAGGUUGUUAAUUGGAGUAUCGGAAUGGAGACAUAUCUUGAUAAAAACGGCAAGCUGCUUCCCAAGUUCUACCAAGAUCCGAAAUGGAAAGUCAUGGGAAGUAUUCUUGUGACUGUCGCUGACUGUAUGUGCUGCAUAGCCACUUGGGGAUUCGCAAUCUACUUAGUUUUGUUGAAGUCUCUAUUCAUAAUCGCCUACAGCAUGCUUUGCCCUUGCAGUAGCAGUGAUGUUUCAUCGAAGAAGAAUGCUGAAGAGGCAAAGGUGGCAGUUGCAGUAGACUCCAAGGCUUGCCAAACUUCUAGGAAGAGCAAUGUUCGGCUCCCAUCUUCAGACACACAAAGAUCUCAGCCGUCCACUCCCGAUUUUCAAGCCAGUGCAGUUGCUUCUACGUCGGAAAAGUCAAUUCGAGCCGUCACUCCUGAAAUCGAGAUUUCUCAUGAAGGAGAAAUGGUUGCGCGUAAGAUUUAUGGAACAAAAGUGGAAGCUUUUCAACAUGCACUAAAUGAAUUCAAAGACCCAGAAGAGAGCGCUUAAUGUACCGUCAACUGGCUUGAAUGGUAUAAGUCUUCGUUUUGUAACGCGUUCAAUAUUUUAUAAAUUGUGUAACUAUUUUUAAAUUGCUUCUUUGAAAUAAAAAGUUCUUGCCAUU